UUUCUUUUUACACCGACGCGUGCUCUCACAGGUCGUCCUAUCUGCGGAGUAAUUUUCUGUAGUUGGUUCUUUCACGUCAGAGUAAUCAUCGCUCGCCUGAUUGUUGUUCUCUGCUUAGCCAGUGGGGAAGAGAAGGGAAGGAUGGCGAAAUCGAGCGCAGACGACGAGGAGAUGAGGCGUGCGUGCCAGGCGGCGAUCGAGAACACGAUGCAGACGGUAGUGAUGUCGAUCCGCGUCGCCAAGAGCCGCGGGAUCUGGGGCAAGGCCGGCAAAUUAGGCCGCAGCCACAUGACCAAAGCUAGGGUUCUUGCCAUUACCACAAAACCAAAAGGCCAGCGGAACAAAGCUUUUCUUCAUGUCUUAAAGGAUUCUAAUGGAGGAGUUCUUGAGCCUGCAAAACUAUACAAACUGAAGCAUCUAACGAAGGUGGAAGUUGUAACUAAUGACCCCACCGGAUUUACAUUUAUGCUGGGAUUUGAUAACCUUAGAAGCCAGAGUGUUGCCCCACCUCAGUGGACUAUGCGCAAUAUUGAUGACAGGAACCGUCUUCUACUUUGCAUCUUAAACAUCUGCAAAGACGUGCUGGGUCGACUUCCCAAAGUUGUAGGAAUAGAUGUCGUGGAGAUGGCUCUUUGGGCUAAGGAAAAUACACCCACAAUCACGAAUCAAAGGAAUCUUCAAGAUGGGCCUGUUGCAGCUACGGUGACCGAAAGUGACAUGAAAGUGACUGUUGAAAAAGAACUUGUGUCUCAAGCAGAGGAAGAGGACAUGGAGGCUCUUUUAGGCACCUAUGUGAUGGGUAUUGGUGAAGCCGAAGCAUUUUCUGAGCGGUUGAAGCGAGAACUUCAAGCUUUGGAAGCAGCAAAUGUACAUGCGAUCUUGGAAAGUGAACCUUUGAUAGAUGAUGUAUUGCGUGGACUUGAUUUGAGCAUAAACUGUGUUGAGGAUAUGGAUGAAUGGCUAAGCAUUUUCAAUGUAAAACUUCGACACAUGAGAGAGGAUAUCGAAUCAAUAGAAACCCGCAAUAACAAUCUGGAAAUGCAGUUUGUAAACAAUAAAGCAUUAAUUGAGGAACUUGAUAAGCUUCUUGAAAGAUUGCGUGUCCCUUCUGAGUAUGCAGCAUGUCUGACAGGAGGUUCAUUUGAUGAGGCACGCAUGCUUCAGAAUAUUGAGGCAUGCGAGUGGCUGACUGGUGCUUUACGUGGUCUUGCAGCACCUAAUUUGGAUCCUAGCUAUGCAAACAUCCGAGCUGUUAAAGAGAAGCGGGCAGAACUUGAAAAAUUGAAAAGUACUUUUGUUCGGAGAGCAUCUGAAUUUUUGAGAAACUACUUUGCUAGUCUCGUGGAUUUCAUGAUAAGUGACAAGAGUUACUUCUCUCAGCGUGGACAAUUGAAGAGGCCCGAUCACGCUGAUCUGCGUUACAAGUGCAGGACAUAUGCUCGCCUUUUGCAACACCUGAAGUCUCUUGAUAAGAAUUGCUUGGGUCCAUUGAGGAAAGCUUACUGUAGCUCCCUUAAUUUGCUUCUACGCCGGGAGGCUCGUGAAUUUGCAAAUGAGCUUCGUGCUAGUACCAAAGCAUCAAGAAAUCCAACAGUAUGGCUUGAAGCUUCCACAGGUUCCAGUCAAAGUGUGAACAAUGCAGAUACUUCUACAGUUUCAGAGGCCUACGCCAAAAUGCUUACGAUCUUUAUCCCACUUCUUGUCGAUGAGAGUUCUUUUUUUGCACACUUCAUGUGCUUUGAAGUUCCUGCACUUGUCCCACCAGGAGGUCUUGCCAAUGGUAACAAGACUGGAACCAAUGACGAUGAUGGCAAUGAUGACGAUUUGGGCAUCAUGGACAUCGAUGAGAAUGACAGCAAAACAGGUAAAAAUUCUUCAGAGCUGGGAGCACUAAAUGAAUCACUUCAGGAUUUACUUGAUGGGAUACAGGAAGACUUUUAUGCUGUGGUGGACUGGGCAUACAAGAUUGAUCCUUUGCGCUGCAUAUCAAUGCAUGGGAUCACAGAACGCUAUAUUUCUGGUCAGAAAGCUGAUGCAGCAGGAUUUGUCCGUAUCUUGCUUGAUGACCUAGAAUCUAGAAUUUCUAUGCAGUUCAGUCGGUUUGUUGAUGAAGCUUGUCACCAGAUUGAAAGAAAUGAGCGAAAUGUUCGGCAAAUGGGCGUCUUGUCAUAUAUACCAAGAUUUGCAACUCUUGCGACCCGUAUGGAGCAGUAUAUCCAGGGGCAAUCAAGGGAUUUGGUUGACAAGGCAUACACUAAAUUUGUUAGCGUGAUGUUUGGAACUUUGGAGAAUAUUGCCAAGACAGACCCAAAAUAUGCCGAUAUUUUUCUUUUAGAGAACUAUGCUGCUUUUCAGAAUAGUCUGUAUGACCUUGCCAAUGUUGUGCCCACUUUAGCAAGAUUUUAUAACCAAGCAAGUGAAAAGUAUGAAGUAGCUUGCACAAGUCAUAUCAGCGUGAUCAUAUAUUAUCAAUUUGAACGACUUUUCCAGUUUCAUCGAAAAAUCGAGGAUUUGAUGUACACAAUCACGCCAGAAGAGAUACCAUUUCAGCUUGGAUUGUCAAAACUGGAUCUUCGGAAGGUGGUAAAAUCCAGUUUAUCUGGGGUUGACAAGUCCAUCAGUAUAAUGUAUAAGAAAUUGCAGAAGAACUUAACCUCAGAGGAAUUGCUGCCUUCAUUAUGGGAUAAAUGCAAGAAGGAAUUUCUGGACAAAUAUGAUAGCUUUGCACAACUUGUUGCCAGGAUAUACCCCAAUGAGACUAUUCCAUCUGUAGGAGAAAUGAGGGAACUUUUGGCGUCCAUGUAGAGAGAGAAAGACGGCUGGUGUUAAUAAUUUUGGAAAGUUCCAUUUUGUGUUGUACUAAAGUCUCUUGUAAUUUAAUUUUCCUUGUUUGAUCCCCACCCCUUCCCAUUUUAUUUAUUAGAUCGAGAAUUUUUGCGUGCAUUAAAAUGGUUCAUAUGAACCUCAUGUUUGUAUAUUAUUUCACAGGUUAAAUUAUUUGCCCCAUUUGUAUAUUUCUUUUUCAUA